AUGAGGUUCGCUACGGCCGUUGUCGCCUUCCUGUCCGCCGGGGUUGGCGCCAGCGUCCUCGUCCAGAGGGACCAGUCCGUCAUCGUGAACGAAGCUCAAAAGGUCCCCGGCGAGUCGCCCCUCGAGUUCUGCGACAAGGACCACAGCAAGGACGUCGUCUCCAUCGAGAGCGUCGACCUCUCCCCUAACCCUCCUCAGGCUGGCAAGGAGCUCGUCAUCAAGGCUUCGGGCACCGUCAAGGAGACCAUCGAGAAGGGUGCCUACGUCCUGCUCCAGGUCAAGUACGGCCUCAUCCGCCUUAUCAGCACCAAGGCGGACCUCUGCGAGCAGAUCGAGAACGUCGACCUCGAGUGCCCCAUCGAGAAGGGCGUCCUGAGCAUCACCAAGUCCGUCGAGCUUCCCAACGAGAUCCCCUCCGGCAAGUACACCGUCUUUGCUGACGUUUACACCGCCAACGACGAGCCCAUCACCUGCUUGACCGCCGCUGUCGUCUUCUCCCGCAGCAGCAAGAAGAGCUUCUUCAGUCUCGAGCUCUGA